AUGGAAGAAGUGUUGGUUGUACUUGAAUGUUCUCUAGAAUUGAAGCCCGUCAUCGGUCAGAAGUUCCAAUCCCUAGAUUUUGUUUUCACAUUUUACGAUGUUUAUGCCCACGCUGUUGGUUUUGAUACCCGCAAACAAGGAAUAAGGAAGACGGGCGGUGUUACUACUUGGUAUUAUGUUUUAUCCAAGCGUUGUGGUUGUAAAGCGAGUAUAUCGCUCAAGUUCUUCUCCGAAGGAGGACUUCCAGGUUAUAUUAUUCAGGAGUUCAACGAGGUUCAUAACCAUUAUAUGGUUGAGGUUGAGCAUCAGAAUUUUAUGGCACUUAAUCGAAAGUUGGAUGAUGUACACCAUAAAUUCAUUCUUGACUGUUCCAAGGCUAAUAUACGCCCCACACUUACCUUUAAGGUGUUGAAGGAAAUUCUCGGUGGGUUUGAACUUGUCGAUUGCACUGUAGGGGAUAUAAGGAACGCUUCUCGAGAUAUCAAAGCAUACGCACAUGGGUUCGACGUGCAAAUGGUGUGGGAUGAUAUGGCUAAGAAGAAGGAAAUGUCCGAUGCGUUCACAUAUCACUAUGAAGUCAACGCUAGUAACCAGUUGGUUGCUCUCUUUUGGUGCGAUGGUUUGAUGAAAAGGAAUUAUCAUAUGUUUGGUGAUAUUGAUGGGUUUGACUCUACGUAUAACACAAACAGGUAUUGUAUGAUCUUCACACCUUUCACGGGAAAGGACAAUUGUGGAAGACCUGUAACCUUCACCGUUGAAUUGGUGUGCAAUGAGAAAACAGGGGCAUUUGCUUGGUUGUUCAAACAUUUCGUUGAAUGCAUGGGUGUUGUACCCAAAAUGACCGUAACAGAUAAAGACCUGGGAAUGAGAUCAGCUAUUGAAGAGGUUCUUGUUGGCACUCGACACCGAUGGUGUAUGUGGCAUAUAAUGCAUAAGUUGGCCACCAAGGUUCCAAACAGGUUGCUGAGGGACGAAGAUUUCAAGAAAGAAUUCAAUGCCUGUGUUUGGUCGGACCUGCUUGAACCCAACGAAUUUGAAGAGGAGUGGAAUGGAGUGGUGGAACGUCAUGGGCUGCAAGAAGUUGACUGGUUCAACACAUUGUACGACUAUAGGCAAUUCUGGAUAUCAGCGUACUUCAGAGAUUUUCCACUGGGUUCGAAGAUUAGGACUAUGUCCAUAUUUGAAUCGGAGAACAGCUUCUACAAAUUUUUUUUGAAGCCCCGAGCCAACAUUGCCGAAUUCUACUUGAAUUUCAACAAUGCCGUUGAAUUCCAGCGGAACGCUAGAACAAAGUUGGACUACCACGAUGCAACUGUCCUGCCUAUAUUGGCCACUACCUUGCCAUUCGAGAAACAUGCUUUGACGCUGUACACCGAUAGUAUGUUCAAGAAAAUACAAGAAGAAGUUGUUGAGGGUAAUGACAGAUGCCGCGUGCUUGGUUUUUCAUCUACAGAUAUAGUUGACACCUACAAGCUUGGGGACAGCAAUCGCAAUUCGCAUUUUGUGAGACACGAUAAGACUGAUGACUCAUACUCGUGCAAAUGCAUAAGUUUAAAAAAAGUUAGAAAACAAAAUAAAACACGAUAA